AGUGCGCAGGAGACCGCGGUCCGCGCCCGAGCGCGCCGAGCCGGAGCCGGAGCCGGGCCGGGGUCGGCGCACCUGGCGGAUGCGCCCGGCCGCGCGCGCCACCGCCCCAGCCCCAGCAGCGGCCGCCCGCGCGGCGGGGAUGCCCGGACGCCGGGCCCCGGGGCUGGGCCCCCGGCGGUAACCGGAGCGGGGGGGCCGCGCCCCCCCUCCUCCCCCCUCGCCGGUCCCAGAGCCGCAGCUGCCGCGCCCGCGCGCUCCCGGGGACAUUCGACCCGCCGCCGGGUCCCGCCGCCUCUCGCCCGGCUAUUCCUACCGGCGGCCCGGGAGGGGGGCGCAGCGUGCGCGGCGCAGCCAUGGGGACGCUGCUGGCCUUCGUGGUCGGCGCGGCACUGGUGACCUCAGCCUGGGGGGGCUGUGUGGAGGUGGACUCGGAAACCGAGGCCGUGUACGGGAUGACCUUCAAAAUUCUGUGCAUCUCCUGCAAGCGCCGCAGCGAGACCACCGCUGAGACCUUCACCGAGUGGACCUUCCGCCAGAAGGGCACCGAGGAGUUUGUUAAGAUCCUGCGCUAUGAGAACGAGGUGCUGCAGCUGGAGGAGGACGAGCGCUUUGAGGGCCGUGUGGUGUGGAAUGGCAGCCGGGGCACCAAGGACCUGCAGGACCUGUCCAUCUUCAUCACCAACGUCACCUACAACCACUCGGGCGACUAUGAGUGCCACGUCUACCGCCUGCUCUUCUUCGAGAACUACGAGCACAACACCAGCGUCGUCAAGAAAAUCCACCUGGAGGUGGUGGACAAAGCCAACAGAGACAUGGCGUCCAUCGUGUCCGAGAUCAUGAUGUACGUGCUCAUCGUGGUGUUGACCAUCUGGCUCGUGGCGGAGAUGGUUUAUUGCUACAAGAAGAUCUCUGCCGCCACGGAGGCUGCCGCGCAAGAGAAUGCCUCGGAAUACUUGGCCAUCACCUCGGAAAGCAAAGAGAACUGCACGGGCGUGCAGGUGGCCGAAUAGCCCCGGCCCUGUGCUCGCCUGGAGAAAGAGCUAGCCCUAACAGGAGCAUCCAGGCGCAGCCUGCCCCCUGCGGCGGGGCUUGGCCACCCUGGGCCUCCACAUGCCUCAGAGUCCUGCCAAGGGAGCUGCCAGGGUGGGAGGGGGCGGGGGGCUUGGCUCGCACCCCAACCCAGCCGUCCUCCCCCUGCCCAUCGCUGCCCACCGCCAUGCAUGAUGGAAAAGCAAUACUGCCGCUGCCCCACCCCUGCUUCUGCUGCCUGUUUGGGAAGGGGGCGGCAAGGUGGGGGCAGCGGCUCCGCACCCCUCCUUCUUGCUGAUUUGCACACAUUGGCCGCUUCGGACACGCACUUCUGGGGCCAGCCCCUCCCCACCUCAUCCCUGCCCGUGGCAGGGGGGUCGUGACGGGCUGGAAGAGUUUGGGGCAGGGGUCUGGGACCCACUCCGACCCCCAGCAUUGUUCCCCCUCCUGCUUCCUCCGGCUGGACCUGGGGUCCCCUCCCUGUGAUGCACUCUUGCCCCGGCCCAACCCCGCCCUCUCUCACCAGCCUUGGACUGGGGCCACUUAGAACGGGGCCGUUCAGCCUUGUCUCUCUUUACAGAAGUAGUUUUGUUCAUGAAAUAAAGAUUCUUGGACUUGA